AUGGACGCAGCUUUCAGGAGCAGCAAGAAUAAGCACGUCAACAUUCUCGAACUACCGCUUCCUCGGAAAAUGGCAGUAGUAAAGGUCGUUGAUAUAACAAACCUGCUGUGUGAUAAAAAUCUUGGGAUUUUCAUAGGCAGAAAUGGGAUCAAUAUAAAAAGGAUACAGAGUGAAUCUAAGGUGAUUUUACAAAUAGAGCGGUGCGAAGGAGACGGUACGCUGAGGCUUCGCCUCACAGGCGCUCCUAUGGCGAUCGAAGCUGCGCUGAUUGAAAUCCAUGAACUGCUUCUAGAGAUAAUUCGCCAGUCGUUCUGUCACGUGCUACUACUACCUAGUCAUUGGGUGGGACACAUAAUU